UUCCUCCACUAAUCUCUCCAAGAAUCUAAAGCUCCUCCCAUAAGGUCCUCUCUUCUCCCCCAGAAUCCCAAAACAAACCCCUCCUAGUAGUAUCCGACGAACCCGAAAGCGUGAUGUCGCUCACGAUCCCUACGAAUCUCGUUCUCAACCCGAGAUCUAACAAAUCUCUCACUCAAUCCGUACCUAAAUCCUCCGCAAGAUUCGUCUGCUCCGAUGACAAAUCAACACCACAAUCCAUGAAAGCGUUCUCCGCAGCCGUCGCCCUCUCAUCCAUCCUCCUCUCAGCUCCGAUGCCAGCUGUUGCUGACAUCUCUGGUCUGACUCCUUGCAAGGACUCGAAACAGUUCGCUAAAAGGGAGAAGCAACAGGUCAAGAAGCUUCAGUCAUCUCUCAAGCUUUACGCUCCUGAGAGCGCUCCUGCUCUUGCUCUCAACGCUCAGAUCGAGAAAACCAAACGCAGGUUCGACAACUACGGGAAGUACGGACUGUUGUGCGGGUCAGAUGGUUUACCGCAUUUGAUAGUGAACGGAGACCAGAGGCAUUGGGGAGAGUUCAUUACUCCAGGGAUUCUGUUCCUUUACAUUGCAGGAUGGAUCGGGUGGGUUGGAAGAAGCUACUUGAGAGCUAUUAGUGGCGAGAAGAAACCAGCGAUGAAAGAGAUCAUCAUCGAUGUUCCUUUGGCUAGUCGGAUCGUCUUCCGUGGUUUCAUUUGGCCCGUUGCUGCCUACAGAGAGUUCAUUAAUGGCGAUCUCAUUGCUAAGGAUGUUUAAGAGAACUUUUGCUUUCUGCUUUUGCUUACUCUUUAUCUCUCUAAUCUCUCUUAUGUUUUCUUUUCCAUUGUAACUAUUGCAAAAAACAAUGCAUUGUCGAAAACUAUUGGAAUUUGGAUUGCCGCAUUUAGAAUGAACCAUGGUUAAAAAUC